AAUCUGAAUCUAAAUCUGCUCAACUCCUAGACACUACGUACACGCCGUUUUCAUCCCUUCUAUUAAUUGGAAUCAUCCAUCAAAUAAGUCAAAAGCUAGAAAAUCACAGCCAGCUUGCCACAUUUGCGCUAGUUACGUUGUAUUAUAACGAGAAGUACAUAAAGUUUUUACCCUUUUCAGUCUCAUUUGGUCAUCUUCAUCUAUAACAUGCAUAGAUGAAGGGGAAGAAGACGAGCUGAAAAACAUUCACUGUAACCAAAAAUCUCAGCUCAGGCGACCAUGAAGCCAUCCCAGUGUAUCAUUCAAAGCUCGCUCCCUGAUGAUAUUGCCCUCAAGAUUGCUUCAUUCCUUGAGGAACCAGAAGUUUGUGCUUUGGGCAGUUGUUCUCGGUUUUGGAAAAACUUAUGUGGGUCGGACUGCAUAUGGGAAUCUCUUACAAGACAGAGAUGGCCGCUUCUGCCCGUAUUCAAUGAACCUUCUGUAACUGGAUGGAAGGGAUUAUAUAUGAAGCAGCAUAAUGAGAUGGCAACUGGAACAAGUGAUGUUGUUAAGUAUGUGGAGCAAUGUAUGCGAUCAGAUUCAUUAGAGGUUGGAGAUUAUUUGCAAGCAGUUGAAGACCUGAACGCUAUGCAGCUUGGAUUCAAAGAUGUGCAGAUGUUUCUGUUUAAGUCGAAACUGAAUGUGCUGCUUAACUUGGUCGGCUUGCACUACUGCAUUUUCUGGCUCAAAAUGCCGCCUGAGAUUGUAAUGGAAGCUAUUCAGAGUCGCAAGAUUUCAGAGCGUCAAGUAUGUGUUAAAUGGUGGAAGCUUGGCAGAUGGUUCUAUGGCUUCCGGAUGCGGGAUGAAUCUCGUUCCCAUCGUGUCUCUCUAGCAGAUCUUGCAAUGACAAAAGAGGCAGAGGUUCUAGGAGUGCUUCACCGCGGUGCCAUUCAUGAGGUUUUACGAGUUCAAAUCUCUUUCGUGAAUCCUUCAUGCACCCCAUGGUGUUGUCAAAGUUCCCAGGCACUGGGUUAAAAAAGUUACAAUGAUGCACAUGUCUGCAUAAGCUUCUAUUAUCGCUGUAUAGCUAGUCUAAAAUGUAUCUCAAGUAUGUGUGUAUUUAUGUCAUAAUUCAUAAAUAUAUUAAUAAAUAUAUAGCCAAUUGUAUCAUAUUGAUGAUCUUUGAAAUAUCAUUUCCAAAGAAAGUUUGAUUAAAA